AAUGCGCUGAACAGGUUCUCUAGCACGGCUGGGAGACUCGUGUCAGUUCCUCCUGUUUCCAGCAUGUGUUUUGGUUAAAGGCUGUACAGAAAGUGUCGUUAGCAACAGCAGUAACGGUUCUCAGCGUCUCUCAUUUCCACACGAUGGGGAAAUUGAACGUCGUUGUGCUGAGAUAUUUGUCUCGGGAUGACUUUCGGGUUCUAACGGCUGUGGAAAUGGGCAUGAAGAACCACGAAAUCGUGCCAACGAGCCUCAUCUCUUCAAUUGCUAGUCUCAGGCACGGAGGCUGCCAUAAAGUGCUGAGGGAGCUGGUCAAACACAAACUCUUGGCUUACGAGCGCACCAAAACUGUACAAGGAUACCGCCUGAACUUUGGCGGCUAUGAUUAUCUGGCUCUAAAGACCUUGUCAUCCCGAGAUGUCAUUCUGUCUGUUGGGAACCAAAUGGGAGUCGGCAAAGAGUCAGAUAUUUACAUAGUUGCAAAUGCUGAAGGGGAGCAGUUUGCUCUGAAACUCCACCGGCUUGGAAGAACAUCUUUCAGGAACUUAAAGAAUAAGCGAGACUACCACCAGCACAGGCACAAGAUGUCCUGGCUCUACCUGUCACGACUCUCUGCCAUGAAGGAAUAUGCAUACAUGAAGGCACUGUAUGACAGGGGGUUCCCUGUUCCAAAGCCAGUGGACUACAAUAGACAUGCAGUUGUUAUGGAGCUUAUAAAUGGAUAUCCUAUGUGUCAGGUGCGAGAGAUUGAAGAUCCUGCUUCAUUGUACAGUGAAAUCAUGGAGCUGAUAGUCAAACUGGCCAGUCAUGGUCUGAUCCAUGGAGACUUUAAUGAGUUCAACUUGAUGCUUGAUGACAGUGAUCACAUCACAAUGAUUGACUUCCCACAGAUGGUGUCCACUUCUCAUCCAAAUGCAGAAUGGUACUUUGACCGAGAUGUCAAGUGUGUUAGAGAUUUCUUCAUCAAAAGAUUCAACUAUGAAAGUGAACUGUAUCCAACAUUUAAAGAUAUCAGAAAGGCUUGCUCUCUUGACGUGGAAGUCUCAGCGAGUGGUUACACCAAAGAGCUGCAGCAAGACGACCAGCUUCUCCAUCCAGUCGGUCCAGAGGGUGAAGAGAGUAUGAGUGGAGAUGAGAAUGACGAUGAUCCAGGAUCACCAGAGUCUGAGGAGCCCAUUGACAUUGAGGAAUACAAACAUGCUAUGCUGGAACUUGAGGGGCUGAAGAUUGGUGAAGAGACUUUGUCAGGAGAGAAGAACACAGAGGAACAUGAAACUAGCUCAACGAAAGACUGUCCUGAGAAUGUUAUUAAUGAUGUAGUUGCAGGCAGUCCCAAAGACUUCGAGAGUGAUGAGGAGCUCGAGAAUGAUGAUGAAUGCCCAGAUUUGGUUGAUCUUUCAGCCUGCAACAAUGAAUUCAGGCCUUUUAGAGAUCAAGACAGCCUCCUCCAUGUUAAUGAGCACAGGCAAAGAACAACCAGUGAAACUUCCAUUGGAAGUGUUGCUAGCUGCUCCACAAUCCCACCAGCAGUGAUCAGACAGAAAGUGAGGAGACAGCUCACCAAGCAGCAGAAGGCUUCUCAGAGACGACGCCUUCAGAAAGGGGAGGCCAGUCUGGUGACCAAGGAGAGGCGAGAAAACCGGAGUAACAUCAAGAGCAGCCUGGAGUCAGCCCAGUUCUGGGGCUGAGGGUGUUUGAGAAAUGCUUGUCCAGACUGAGCUUUGUUUUGGAGGAAAUUUUUGAUGUGAAAUACUAUGAGGAUUCCUUGCCAGAGGUGAAAAACGAGGCUUAACUUCAUGGCACACUGACUUGGCAUUCCCUAACAGAUAUUCUAAUACUGGCAGUUGUCUUUUAUAUAUACCAGGGAUACCUUUAUAUAUAUUCCAGGGAUUCCCAGCUCUGGUCCUGGAGUGCCUAACAUCCUGUUAAGUUCAGAUCCAGCAUGCCUUUCACUAAUAUGCAAUUGCCCCUGAAGACCUUCAUUAACUGUAUCAGGUGUGUUUAUUACAGCUGGAGCGUAAACUCUACAUGGUGGAAGAUUAUUAGAGAAGAGCUUUAGUAGGGUAUAUUGUUUAUUUAUGGUAAAACAAGGCAGGAGGACACUGUAGUUUGCUGUCAAUCUGCCUACCAUUUACCAGCAUUGUAGUCAGAUGUGAAACACCCACCCAGUGUUUGAAUUUGUUUGUGUUUGUUGGUGUUGUCAGUGUGCUCUGACCUGUAAGUCCUGUUUUUUCAGAACUAACCCUUGACAAAUGUCUUUAGGGAGGACCUGAUAUCCUCUGGUAUUGCAUUAAAUCAGCUGUAUAUGAAAUGAAUAAACAUGCUUUGUUGAA